AUGGCACCAACACAAGCAUCUCACCUCCCGACAACCCUCCGCUCGCCAACCCACCCUCUCCUCCUUCGCACCCUGGAAGACUCCGAUUUCGCCGCCGUCUCGGCCGUGCUCUCGGACCCGGAGAAUACAAAGUACGACCCGCACGCCUCGGCUAUCUCCCCCGAGGUGGCCAAGAUUGUGAUUGCGAGGAUGAGGGAGAGCGCUGCUGUGCCGAGUGUUGUGGACGAGACAAGUGGGAAGGUUGUGAGUGGGCCGGGGAGGGUGAAUUUGGUUGUUGUGUUCGUUGGCGAUAAUAAUAACAACAAUGACAAUGGCAAGAAAUCGUCAGAGGAGAAGGAAGGGGAGGAGGAGGAGGAGGAGGGCACGGUCAUCGGAUUCGGCGGGUACGGCGGCAUCAACGAGCACGAAGAGGACGGGCAGAAGAUUCGGGUCGGCGACGUGGGCGUCAUGAUUAAUUCGGAGUUUCGGGGCCGGGGGUUCGCGGCCGAGGCGGUGCGGUUGGCUGUUGAGUGGGGGUUUAGGAAGGUUGCCGAGGGCGGGCUGCAGCUUGCGAGGGUGAGCGCUACGAUGAGCGAGAGGAAUGUGCCGAUGAGGGGGUUGGUUGAGAAGAGGUUUGGGUGGCCUGGGGUUGUGAAGCCUGGGAAGGGGGAGACGGAGGGGGAUGGGGAGGUGUUUUUUGAGGUUACGGGGGAGACGUGGAGGAAGUGA